AUGAAAUUGAUCGUUGGACUCACCCUGGUUUGGACUGCAGUGAGGCUUUCCAGAGGCCAGUGUGUCCUUGAAAAGGAGUACUUCUGCUCUUCCAUUCCAAACGGUUUUCCGGAAGGGCUGAGUUCCAUACUCUUUGUCGUAACCCAGCUUGGGGUUAUCAACUCAACGGUCUUCAACAGCCCCAACUUGGAAUCGGUCACCAGUCUUGCACUAGCCAACAGCGGCAUCACAAAAAUUGAAGCCGGUGCUUUUCAUGCUUUUCGACGUCUCAUCAAACUCGGUUUAUAUCAGAACAGCUUGACUAAUGUGAUGGCCUCUUGGCUUUUCGAUCCAGGGCAUUUAGAAAACCUUACAGUCGCUCACAACCUCAUCUCUGAAAUAGGACCAAACACGCUUUCCAGCUUCACCAAUCUGACAACGCUUAAUUUAGCAAACAAUCAAAUCCGUGGGAUUGCCAGUGGGAGUUUUAGGGGGUUGUCCAAACUAACAUCAAUUGACCUAUCGGGCAAUAAUUUGACAUCUUUAACAAGAAGUGUAUUCCAUGGACUGAUGAGCCCAGUGAUGAAACUUGGUUCCAACCCAUGGAACUGUUCCUGUGAACUUCAGGAUUUUGGAUUAUUUCUUCAAGAGCUGGUAAAUGCAUCUCUGCUGGAAGAUGCUGCUUCUGUUGUGUGUCGAAGCCCACGGAGCCUUCAAGGAAUUCAAGUUUGGAACAUCUCUGGCUUGAACUGCUCUGCAGACAUUGAGUCCUCACUUUUUGAGACUGGCUUCCAUAAAGUUGGAUUGCCAGCUUUGCUGACAUGCUUAGUGUUAAUUUCCUUCAUUUUGUUGCUGAUUUUGAUCUGGAUGGUGAAACAAGAUAAGCAAGUUCAGCCAAGAAAAGAAGCUGCUGAUCCAUCUGCCAGCAUGAAACCAAGCAGCCAAAUUGAUUCCUCCAUAACAGAGUGCAGGCUGUCUGACGAAAAGGGCAGAUCAGCAAAUUUGGGCAAAGAUUCGCAAACCAGAUUGCUGAGAGUUCGUGCCAAAUCUGCCUCGGCUAUUUUGUUGCAAGGGGAGUUCCGCCAGGGAGAAAGACAGGUCACCAGUUCAGUUGGUACAAGCCAAGAGCAUCCCAAAGCCCCCCACACGGUGCUGGUGAAUCAACUUUGUGUAGGAAGUGAAGGCUUGCCUAACUUUAUGGAAUCAUUGUAUUAUAAAUUGCAAGGAUGCAGCAAGAAGGACUCACAAAACCACAAUGCGAACUCUUUUUUGGCUGAAGUACAUAUCGAAACACCAGCACUGAAAGUUUCUUCUUCAGCAGCAAAUCCAAUACUGCAGGAUGAUCGGACUUCAGAAGUACCUGAUGAUGACAAAGGCCAUGGUAGUGUUGAGAAUUCGGAACCGUUCUUGUAUUUAAGUGUCUCUACAUCAACUGAAGAGCCAACUGUUGCUCAAUGCAAAAAGGAGGCAAUUACCAAUGCAAAAGGAAGCCACUUGGACUCUUUAAGGAGAGCUUUGACAUGGCCACAUGAAAGGAAUGCCAUUGGACAGGGGUCAAAUCCAUUAAGUAUUAGGGACUCUUUCAUUGCACAGUUCUUCCUGCCUGUUAUUAACUUUGGUGAGCCCCUGGAUGUUGGUAAAUGGGAACUGGGUGAAGACCUGCAGCGUAUCAGAAAGGAGUAUCAGAGGCAUUAUGGAAGUUCUGAGUUAAACAAAGAAGAAAAGUUGGCCAAAGAGAUGGAGCCUCCAAACAUGAGAGAAGUGAUGGUAGUGGCUGCUGUCGAACCAGUAGACACUGGGAAAUCAGAACUGGAUGAAGAACUGCAAAGGCGAUGUGAUCUGUGUGUAUGUGCCAGAAAUGAUUAUCAGGUACAUGAAGGCAAAAAUGAAUUAAACACACAGGCAAAACCAACAAACCAAGCAGAACAUCAGAAACAAUCCAAAGUCACAGUGGCUGCGAGAGAUAUCAGUGACUUGCAGCCCGCCAUGAAGGUAAGCAAAUGCCCUCCCAGUGAGAAAAAUAUACAGUUGUCCAAACCAGAAUCUUCUCAGUCCAGGAUCCGUCAUGAAAUCUAUCCAGCUCCACAGUUGUUAGAUGAUACCAGCCCAAUAAGUUCUCCAUGUGAUGAUGUCUGUCUUGAAAAUAACAAGUAUAACUACAUUAAUCUGCUUCAUGAAGUCGUGGAGAAUCGUGGAAGGUGGACCAGAGAACGGGGUGCAGCCCAGCCUUGUCCCCCGAUGUGUCAGUUCUGUUCUGCCGACAGAACUGAAUGUGAGCAAGUUUCAUCACUCCAAGCAGUUUUAAUAGGUCUGCCAAACUUCACAGAGAACAUCGUUCUACGGCAUGGGAACCUCAGUGAGAUCCCCCCGCAGUCCUUCCAAAACUUUCCCAACCUUCAUUUCUUGACGAUCACUGGGUUCCCGGUCUCUUCCCUGACUGACCUCACCUUUUCCACAAUACCUGUCAACAGCCUGAGGAGUCUGGAUCUCAGCAAUAACCAACUUCUCAGUUGCCACAUUGAGCCAACAACUUUCUCCAGCCUUGGGGCCCUAGAAGAGCUGACGCUAAACAACAAUUCUUUGGAUAUCUUGCAAAGCCCUUGGUUCUUGGGGCUGUCUGCACUCAGUAAACUCUCUCUCGCCCUUAACAGAAUCUCAUACCUUCCUCCAAGGAUGUUUGAAAACUUAGCAAGACUGGAAGAACUGGUGAUUUCUUCUAAUCAGAUCCAGUAUCUCUCCAUGGAUACUUUUUAUGGGUUGGCCUCGCUGGCUCGACUGGACUUAUCGAACAACAAGAUCUUGUUUAUCAACAACGAGGUCUUCCAGCCUUUGCAAGCACUCAGGCACCUCCUGUUGUCUGAUAACAAGCUGACAGCACUGCCCGUCCUUCCGAAUUCAAUCGCCACCUUGUUUCUUCAUGCAAACCCAUGGGAUUGCAGUUGCCAGCUGGUGAACUCUGUGGUGCCAUGGGCGGAUCGAAUUCAGGAAUCUGCUCUGGUGCUCUGCAGCACACCAGCCAGCCUCUCAGGAUUCCAAGUGACGAGUGCCAAGCUGGAAGGUUGCUCCUCUCCAUCCUCAGCUUCAGAGUCAAACUUUUUACCACAAACAGUUUUCAAUCUCAUCUUCCUUUGUGUCUUCCUGGGAGGAAUCUUCAUAGGUACAAUGGUGUGCACGGCCCUCUGCUGCUUUUUAAAACACUGCAAAUGCCCAUUAACGAACAAGGCAGAAAACAAGAGAAGUUUUCUGAACAAGUUCACCAGUGUCUCCUUGGAGAAAGCAACGGCCACACAAGCAGAUCUACAAAUCCUGGGCAGCUUUCCAGUAAUCUCGAAUACAGUGAUCGGUUUUGAAGUGAACAACUUGGCAAAAGGGUCAUGCGAUCAGUUGUAUGACACCUGCAGAACUUACAACAUGGAACAAACAAGAUCCACAGUGGAGAGACCAUUGGUAGCGCUGUUAUUGGUGGACAAGGUAACGAAUAAAGCAGUUGUGACUCUCCGUGAGAAAGGAAGCGAAACCGGAGUUGCAAACCUUAAUCAGUCCCUGUGGCAGACGAGGGAGGAACAAAUCCACAGCACAAACCAGGCACCCAGGUUUCCUGAUGACCCUGGACAGCAGUGUUUUGCACAUGGCAAACACAAAUUUUCUGGCUCACCUUUUCAACAUAGAACUCCAGAUCAGAUGGAAAGGACAGAAUAUGAUGUGGGAUGGCGUGCUGACACGCAGUUGGAUGGACGGACUUCCAGAUCUGAUGCUGCUCAGCCACCCCAAGCUUCAAUCCACAUAGACUUUCCCGCUGGAAGUGCCAUGAAGAUACAGAGGGAUGGCGAUGUGGGCUGUGCAACCGCAUCCCAGAGAAAUGAGUCUUUGGGGACAGGCUUCAAUGCUUCCCAGGGCCAGUCAGAGAUGGCGGGAGAGACACCCACUCCUACUCAUCGCUAUCCACCCAGCUUUGUAUCUCCUAGUCGGGCUGAAGCCUCUGAAAUGAGAGGAUGGCAAGACGGUUUCGUGGAAAGGAGAGGGCAAGAUGGUUUUAUGGAGAGGAGGCGGAAAGACGGUUUCGUGGAGAGGAGACCUCUUAAAGGCAGAGCCAGAAGUAAAGCAUCAUCUCAGAAAGCGGAUGAGGAUCCUAAAGACUAUCACUGGCGGUUGAGCAAAAGUAACAGAAAACGACUCCGUAACCUCAGCCGCGUUCCGAGCUAUGAAAUAUCCCCAGCCUCUUCCCUUUCCAGCAGCUCAAGCUCCUGUUCUGUUGGCUCACAGCCUAGGAAACACAUAAGUUUCCCCCCACGCUUAAGUGCUACCUCUCAAACCAGAAAAAGGAGUCUUGUAUAUAAGAAACCUGGCAGGCAACAAGCAGGUCCCAACGAUGCUAUGGUGAGGGAUGCAUCCACCCUAGAGAAACUCUGGGAAUGUCAAAUAUGUCACUGCAAAGAGUCCUACCCAUCUUCAGUUACUCAGAGAGGGCUUCUUCAACUGGCAGAUGCCCCUGUGCCUUCAAAAGGACUGUUAGAUGUAGCCAGCCAAGCACUCUUCUCCAGUACAGCUCCACUUAAAGAUCAUGACACAGACCAGACUUUGCUCAUCUCGCAUCAAACUGCAGAGACUUUGCUAGUUGAAGACCUGUUGGGGUCUAGCCCCUUGCCAGAACCUCAACUUCCCUUUGGGAUCUCUCAGGGUGGACCAAAUGAAGGCGAAGAGGAAUCCAUUUAUGACUAUCCUCCACUGCUGUGUGCAAAUUCUGCUCCCGGAACAGUGCUGUCCCAUCAAGCACCUGACAGGGACAUCCCAGCGGCAGAGAAGACAGUAACACAAUUGAUUCUAAAGGAUGAAGGCGGCACGGGGAUGGUACACACCCUGACUGAGAUGGGCUCAUUGAAAGUGCAUUCCAUAAAGAAUGCAAAAGUCAGAUCUUUGGGGGAAGAAAUGUACAAUGCACAGGCACAGAUGGAGGCUCUUGUCCGCACUUUUGAAGAGUCUUCAGUGGACAAAGAAAAGGCUUGGGUUGACACAUCCUCUGAUAUGAUGGAGCUGAGUUCUUGCCAGGCCGACAGCAGCAGUAGUGAAACAAAUGAUUCAGAGGCUGGGGACUCUCAACUGCAGGAGGCCAAGAACAUCACUUCGAGCGGCCUUUUGGUUCAGAGAAUGUUCCAGAUUGACUUCCCUCUUCCAGAUGAAGAGUAAAAAGCUGUGAGUGACAGGGAGUCUCAUGCAGCUGUCACGGGUUGUCCAAGAGAGGAGUGGAGGGUGGACGCCCAGAAGCCAGGCGUGAAGAUGCAACGACUCCCGGGUGACUUCUGGCUGAAAUUGCAGAACGACAA